AUGGAUUUUCUCGCAGCUUUCAAAGAGGAGAUGAAUAAGAAGCGAAAACAAAUUGACGAUCUUUCAGUAGAGGUCAAUGGAGCUAAAGUGUUAAGGGUUGGCGAUAUUAUGGAAAAGAAAGAACAGGAAUAUUUAGAGAAACAAAAGCAGCAUAAGGUCGAUGUUGAAACGACUGAGGAAGAAUCUGAUUCUACGAAAUCUAAGAAAAAAAAAGAGCAUGAGUCCACUAACGACACUCCUGAAAAUAUUAAACCGCUCGCAGAAAUCCAUAAGCGGUUGCGAUCGCGUGGUCAACCUAUUCUAUUAUUUGGUGAACUUGAACAAGAUGUGCGUGAUAGACUUUUAAAAAUUGAAAUCGACCAGCCGGAGUUGGAAGAAGGAUGGAAAAAUGAUCUAGAAUCUGCGAUGAAAGACGUCGACAAUGAUUUAGUCAAAGAAGUUAUCGAAGGCACGUCCGGUGAAAUUAGUCGUCAUGAUGUCGAUAUUGCUCAUGACACUGACACUUGGGAUAAAAUAGAACAUCAAGCCACAUUACUAGGAUUAGGGGAUAAUGCCAAUCGAGAUUGCGAAAUAAUAUAUUCUUUUUUCCAAUACCUGUUAUCUCGAUGGGGAAAAGAUUUGAAUCAAAGAGACGCUGAAGUCAAGAAAUCAGCUGCAGGAAAACAUGAAGCAUCCAUUCAUAAGCAAACUGCCCAGCAUUUGAAACCACUCAUGGUAUCAUUGAACAACAAAUUCAUUAAUAACGAUAUUCGGCAUCAUCUAACUAAAAUAUGCAGAAUACUGAUUCUGGAUAGAAACUAUAUCACGGCAAACACAGCUUAUAUGGAAAUGGCUAUUGGUAAUGCCCCGUGGCCUGUGGGAGUUACGCGGUCUGGUAUCCAUCAACGUCCAGGAUCUGCGAAAUCUUAUGUUUCAAAUAUUGCUCAUGUUCUUAACGAUGAGACUCAAAGAAAAUACAUACAAGGUUUCAAAAGAUUGAUGACGAGAAUGCAGGAGUAUUUCCCUACUGAUCCAUCAAAAUGUGUCGAAUACUCUAAGAAACAAUAA